UGUUGUCCAAAACAGAAAAUCACAUUCAAUCAUGAAGACUCUCUCACACACUCAACACUCCUCAAUCUCUUCUUCCUCCGCCUCCUCCCUCUUCCACCAUAACCCAGCUUUGCAAUUGCAGAAGCAGAUAUGUAAGAUAUACCGUACCGACCCAGCCCUAACCAGAACCAUCAUCACAGCCUCGCUCUCAUACUCCGUCUCCAACAAACCAUCACCCGCAGCAGUGACAAAGGCACAACCAAGAAGAGCAGCAGCAAAUUCAACCCCUCUCACACCGAUAAACUACCUCGAACGAGCCGCGGUCGUGUACGGAGACUGCCCCGCCAUUCUCUACAACGACACGGUCCGCACGUGGGCCGAGACGUACAGGAGGUGCCUGAAGCUGGCGUCCUCCAUCGCCUCCCUCGGCAUCAAGCGCGGCGACGUAGUGUCCGUCGUCGCGCCCAACAUCCCGGCCAUGUCCGAGCUACACUUCUCCGUCCCCAUGGCCGGCGCCAUCCUGAACACGAUAAACCUCCGCCUCGACGCCAACGCCAUCGCCAAUCUGCUCCAGCACAGCGGCUCCAAGCUCAUCUUCGCCGACUGCCAGUCCGAGUCCCUCGUCCACGAGGCCGUCUCGCUCCUCCCCCCGCAUCUCCACCGCCCCACCUUAGUCCUCGUAGGCGACGACGCCUCCUGCGAGAGCUGCUCGGUCGACUGCUGCAUCGACUACGAGAACAUGGUGGAGGGCGGGGACGAGGACUUCAAGUGGCUGAGGCCGCUGAGCGAGUGGGACCCGAUCACGCUCAACUACACGUCGGGGACCACCUCGUCUCCCAAGGGGGUGGUGCACUGCCACCGUGGCGCAUUCCUGAUGUCGGUGGACUCGCUGCUUGAUUGGUCCGUGCCCAAGCAGCCGGUCUACCUCUGGACGCUGCCGAUGUUCCACGCCAACGGGUGGAGCUACACGUGGGGCAUGGCAGCGGUCGGGGGCGUCAACGUUUGCCUCCGCCGUGUUGACGCGCCCUCCGUGUUCGAGGCCAUUGACAAGUACGGAGUGACGCACAUGUGCGGCGCCCCAGUUGUGCUCAGCAUGCUCACGAACCAUCCGAGGACAAAGCCGUUGAAGUCGGCUGUUCACAUUAUGACAGCCGGAGCUCCGCCUCCGGCAGCGGUGCUGGGGCGGGCGGAGGCGCUGGGGUUCAUUGUCAGCCACGGUUACGGUCUGACGGAGACUGGGGGUUUGGUGGUGAGCUGCGCGUGGAAAAAGGAGUGGGAUCAAUUAAGUGGGAUGGAGAGGGCAAAGCAGAAGGCAAGGCAAGGAGUGAGGACGGUAGCAUUCGGCGAAAUGGACGUCGUGGAGCCGGACACAGGGAAGAGCGUGGCUCGGGACGGGGUCACAAUGGGGGAGAUCGUGCUGCGCGGCGGGAGCGUCAUGCUAGGAUACCUGAAAGACCAAGAAGGGACCAAAAAAAGCAUGAGAGAUAACGGAUGGUUCUACACGGGAGACGUCGGGGUUAUGCACCCCGACGGCUACCUGGAGGUCAAGGACAGGUCCAAGGACGUGAUCAUCUGCGGCGGCGAGAAUCUCAGCAGCGUCGAGGUCGAGGCCGUCCUCUACGCCCACCCGGCCAUCAACGAAGCCGCCGUUGUGGCCCGUCCGGACGCCUUCUGGGGCGAGACGCCGUGCGCAUUCGUGAGCUUCAAGGAGGGCGCGGCCGAAAAGCCCACGGAGAAGGAGAUCAGGGAAUUCUGCAAGGCAAGGCUGCCGCUCUACAUGGUGCCGAGAACCGUCGUGUUCAAGCCGGAGCUGCCCAAGACUUCCACCGGAAAAGUUCAGAAGUUUCUGCUUAGAAACAUGGCCAAGGAUUUGGGGAAGGUUUAUGUUUAAACGUAACAAACCAAAUUAAUCGCAACUGAUCAUAUUUUUAAAUGUUGAUGUGAAAUAUGAUAUUUGUAUGUUUUCAUGCUAUCAAUUAGGGAACAAUUAUUACAAAUGGAAGAUAUGUAUUUAUGAGGCGUGCCUAUUUAAUUUUAUUUUUUAAUGUUAUUAAAUGAGAGUAUUACAGUUGUA